AUGGAGGGAGUGACCUGGGGCCUUCUUGUGCUGGCAGGCCUGCCUGCUGUGGAAGCCAACGACCUGAUUGAUGAAGACAGUGCCUUCUAUUACGACUGGGAGACCCUGCAGCUGGGCGGGAUGAUCUGUGCUGGGCUCCUGUGCGUCGCUGGAAUCUUGUUCGCCCUGAGUGGCAAAUGCAAAUGCAAGCACAAUCACAGUCACAGCCCCCUGUCUGAGAAAGCUGUUCCACUCAUCACUUCAGGCUCUUCCAGUGUCUGCUGA